AUGAAGAGAGGUUCUGUUUCUCAUGAUUUGGGUGCAUUUCCAAGCCUAGGAGGGCCAGAUUUUCAUGGCAGUAGAAUUGGAGGCCAAAAGGGUUGGAGCUCUGAGCGUGUGCCGUUGCCUACAAGCAGCGGACAGAGGCAUGCCAUCCUUGGCAGCACUUCUUUGAUGGGGCUGAGCAAUGGUGGGAGGACUGUGCCUUCAAAAUGGGAAGAUGCAGAGAGGUGGAUUUGCAGCCCGGUUCUCGGAUAUGGGUGUGAGAGCAACAAGAAUGAUUCACAUUCUCAUGGUCAUGGUCAGCAGAGGAGGCCUAAGUCCAAGAGUGGUCCAAUUGUGUCUCCCGGAGCUGUAUACUGUUCGAAUUUUUCGCCUGCAAAUCCGGCAUUUGAUGGCUGCGGCAGCGUGAGGAAUUUCGCAAUCGGUUCCCCAUUUUCCACAGGAGUUUUGGCAGCUGAUAGUGUCUCUCUUCUAUAUGGUGGCAGUGGAGGAACGGGAAGAUCAACUAGUGCGCUUGGACUGCUAGAAUUGCAAAAUGAGAAACUUGAUAACACAGAGUGUGAGGAACCAGUGAUUUCCCGAGCUGUUUCACAACGAGAUAUGGGAACCCAAAUAACCCCAAAUGGUUGCCUCCACCACUCGCCACCACCUCCCAAAAGGAGGUCAUCAUUUGCUCCAUCUUCUCCAACUCUGCUUUCCAUUGUGGAGCAGCAACGCGAACAUUUUGCUAAGUUAGAGGUCAGAGAAGUGCAGGUUGACAAUGGAGCCACCGGCAGUAAGGGGUCAAGAAGGGGUGGCAGCAUCACGAAAAGACGCCCGGAUGUUUAUGAUUUCGACAAAAUUGCUAUUAAAAACCAACCUCCAUCUUUCAAUAUUUCAGAGGCAGCUAUGAACAGUUCAAGAAAGCAAAGAGAGGAAGCCAAGAUCACUGCGUGGGAGAACUUGCAGAAGGCAAAAGCUGAAGCAGCACUAAGAAAACUUGAGAUGAAAUUGGAAAAGAGGAGAUCGUCGACAAUGGACAAGAUCAUGAAGAAGGUGAGAAAGGCACAAGUUAAAGCCCACAAGAUGAGAAGCUCAAUAGCAGUUAAAGACGGCCAUCAAGCUCCGAAAACUCCCGGAAAGAUUGUUUCCUUCGGUAAGCUUGUCCGGGGGGGUUCCCUGAGCAGUUGCUUUACCCGUAAUGCUGCCUAA